AUGGCGCCGAGCUGUGAAUUUGGUUAUACUGGAAUGGCUUCAUUGCCGACGCUGGGUGUCUCUCCGAAGAGCGGAAUCAUGACAUUUUCCAAGCAGCCCGAGUCCCUGAGGCACACAAUCAAGGCUGUCGCCCGAGUGAAUGAGGAUAGGCGAAGGAUCGGCUUCAUGGACCUGGCCGUCGAGAUCCGGCUACGAAUUUAUGACUACGUCUACGGCUCACACAGCGUUCGGCAUUCCAAGCUGCCACUAUGGUAUCUGACUCAAGGCAGCGGCCGUCACGUCCUCAAGCCUGUUACGCCAAAAGCCAUUACUAGCAAGCCCAGUUCACCACCCUACGAACAACAAACUUCAGACGAUAGCAACACCACUAGUCGUCCUCCCACUCGCAAACUCCUAUCCGCGCACCGUCCGAUGAACUACAUCCCAACCGCCCUUCUACUAGCCUGUCGCCAGAUCUACUACGAAGCCCGCACCACCCCCUUCCACGAGAACGAAUUCGUUUUCUCAUCGUGGCACGACGUCGACAGCAGCGUCCAAGCAGCGCGGGACUUUCUUGACGAUCGGCUAUGUGCAGACUGGCAACGCCAGAGCAUGCGAUAUGUGAGGAUCGAGCUGGACCUCUCCUCCUCCUCCUCCUCGGACGACAUAAAAAGCAAAAAGAAGGCAAAAGAAGUCUGGGAAGAGCUACUAUGUUCCACCGCCUACUGGGGAGCGGGACUCCGCGGAAUGAGGUUAUGCAUCGACUGCAAAGACAAAGAUCUGAUCAAGGGUUGUUCUUUUGCGGCGGCGCUUGCGCUUGACGCUGACGACGGGGUUGAUGAACCAGAAGAAGAGCUGUCAUCAUCAUCUUCCUUCGCUUGGAUCUUCCGUGGUCUGGUGAAGCUGAGAAGCCUGAGGAGCUUGGAUGUGGAAAUCAAAAGGGGACGGUGGUAUAUGACGAACGACGAGAAGGUUGGGUGGUGUCGGUUGUUGGAGGAGCUACUUAACAACGACAAUAACAAAAACAGCAAUAACAGCUGUGGUGAAAGAGACGAAGAACGAGGGAAUCAAAAGGUUUCGGUCAUGUGCGCGCAGACAUCGUAUGAUCCGUUCAAUUUGGAGCAGGUGUUUGGUAAGAUCUCUUAUCCUAUGAUGGUUUGGCCGUUGUAUGCUGGCUUUUGA